AUGCAGGUCGAAGAUGAGAUGUGGAAGUUCGUGCUUCCCGUCCGCGUCCUUGCACUUGCACUUGCACGUUGCGUUAUCCCGUCCCGCUCUUUGCUGGUUCUCGAGGCGCUGGGCGCGAGAAUCUGCCCGACACCAUCAACACCAAACUUGCCCAUACCAGCAGCUAUCGCGAAGCAUGGGUCUUCAGUGGUGCACAUGGGCGAGGCUUCUUGUGCAAGGCUACAUUCCUACUCGCUUCGCGGCGCCGAUGACUUUGUACCGGCACAUCGUUCCGGACUCCUUGGAAACCCUUUCCUAACCAUGACGGCGUCUCUGGUGUAG